AUGUCGCUUGAAAAUAAAAAAUGUCUGCGCCUAUGGAUAGAUUGAAACAGUUGGAAUCGAUAGAAAAAGAUAUUGCCAGUGCUUUGCAGAGUGGAGGUCAAGCUAUAUUAGAAUUAAGUAAGGAGAAACCAAGUAUGAAGCAAGUCGAUACUCAUACAUCUACAUUUUUAAAAACAUUGGAAAAUGUUGAAAAUAGUCUUUCAAAACACAUCACUUAUCUUACGCAAGUAUCUACAGGACAAGCUCAUGAAGGUUCUAGUUAUGCCACUCAGAAAGUGAUGCAUAUGGCAUGGCACAGAUUGGAGCAUGCACGAUCCAGACUCACCGAUUUAGAAAGAAUUAAAAAUCAACAUCAACAAGCCAGCAGACAAUCAGCGUUACGACAGCAACCCCUAAAUACGUGAAGGAAUAUAUUUUUUCUAUUUAAUUAAGGCACAAAAACUUUUCAUUUUUUACAGAAAAUUUAAAAUUUGAGUAACUUUUA